CUUGAUAAAUUUUAUGAGCUACACCUGUGUCAGUCCUACUGUGAAAAUAAGUUAUUUCUAAAAUGAGUUUAAUCUAUUCGGGUAGAUUGUUCAUGUUUUAGUUUCAGUUUACAUAUAUUACAUAUACAUAGCCAAAUAGAAUAACUUAAAACUUAUUUGGGAAAAAAGUAACUAAAACAGCGUUUUCAAACAAAAACUAAAUUCAUCUGAAAGUCUAGAUUUGUCUUGAAUAAUAUUAUAAUAGCAUAUUGAAUCUAAUUACCCGCCUGGCCUACACUUUGAACCACGCCGGAGUCAAAUGUCCGAUGUGAAACCAUAGGUUUGUUUCUGCUAUCGGCUCCUGCGUGAUUCCCUCCUCAGCAACUCCACUUCCUAGAUCUCAAUCACAUGGCUCCCUGUCACGGUUUGGUAGCCUUUUCACUUGCAGUUCGAGCGGUUCAGUAAACGGGGACAUCGCUCGUAAUCUGACUGGCUAAAAGGUUUCCUGACUGGAUUGGAGGGGUGUAGGAGAUACCAUCGCUAGGCAGAUACUAUUUAGGUUCGAACAUUAGGGCAUUCCGGAGCAGGCACAGCGUGGAUACGGCGUACGACUUAACAUUUUUUUUCCUAACUCUACAAUCGGGAGUAGUCUAGUUUACCGCCUCCAUUGUGAAACGCCGUUGGUGUUGUAAUUUAGUCCAAGUGCCAUUUUCAAUCAUAUAAUGGAUGAUGUUUUCAACACCCAAGAAGGACUGAACCGGUCUACGUUAUUCAGCACACACUUUAACUCUAAUUGCCGCUUCGAUGAGGAGUUUAAAUACAUUCUGCUGCCAGUGUCAUACAGCCUUGUGUUUGUGUUCGGCUUUCUGCUGAACUCCAUGGCCCUGUGGGUGUUCAUCACCAAGAUGCGCCCGUGGAACACCAACACGGUGUUCAUGUUCCACCUGUCGCUCUCCGACUUCCUGUACGUCCUGUCCCUGCCCACGCUCAUCUACUACUACGCCAACCGCAGCCACUGGCCCUUCGGCCUGUUUGCCUGCAAGAGCGUCCGCUUCCUCUUCUACGCCAACCUCUACUGCAGCAUCCUCCUGCUCACCUGCAUCAGCGUGCACCGUUACUUCGGCAUCUGCCACCCUAUCAAAGCGCUGCGGCUGGUGAAGCCGCGCCACGCCCACCUGGUGUGCGGCCUGGUGUGGCUGGCGGUGACCAUCUGCCUGGUGCCCAACUUCAUCUUCGUGACCACCUCGCGGCGCGACAACGACACCAUUUGCCACGACACCACCAGCCACGGGUUCUUCGACCAGUACGUGGACUACAGCUCGGUGGUCAUGGUGCUCCUCUUCGGCGUGCCCUUCCUGGUCAUCGUGGUGUGCUACUGCCUGAUGGCCCGGGCGCUGUGCCGGCCCAAGAAGGGGCUGUCCCAGAGCCGGCAGGGGUCCUCGUCGCGGCAGAAGUCCAUCAGGAUGAUCGUGGUGGUGCUGGCGGUGUUCGCCCUGUGCUUCGUGCCGUUCCACGUCACGCGCACGCUCUACUACGCGGCGCGCGUGCUGCACCUGGACUGCGCCCUGCUGAACGUCAUCAACUUCGCCUACAAGAUCACCCGGCCGCUGGCCAGCGUCAACAGCUGCAUCGACCCCGUCCUGUACUUCCUGGCCGGCGACAAGUACCGCUCCAAGCUGUUGUCGGCCCUCACGGGGAACAGAAGGGUGAUCAGCUCCAUUCCCUCCGAGGGACGCGCCGCGACCAGACGCAACAACAACAACAACAAGGCCAACCCGGCCAUCCCGCUGGCCUUGAAGGACACCGACUCCAAACCCAGUGGAGAUGGAUAGAAUUGAACUCGUUUUUGUUUUAUUUACGUAUAUUGCGCUGAUCGCCUGGCUACGUACAUUUGAACCGAGAAUUUAACGUUUCUAGUUCAAGCACUAGUUAUUCAAGGUACAUAUUUUGCAGGGACUGGUCCAAGCGGUACCACAAAAGAACACUGUCAUGAACACUAUUGUGUGGUGGACUGUGGUUUCAGGGCGUGACAUGGCAUUAUGCCUUUAUUGGAAGGCACCCUGUUAUAGUGGGAUAUAAUGCGCUGAGUGAGCACACAUGUUUUCAAGUGAUACCAAAAAUAUAAUUUUGUCUGUUCUGUUGUGCGAUAACAAUGUUUGUCAUGCCAUAAAAGUAAAAUACAGAGUUUAUGAACCGUGACUCUCACCAGCUGUUUGGUAAUAUUAUUAUGUCUAAAAUGAUUGUUAGACAUGAGGUAAUGUAAGGUUCUAUUAUAUUUAACUCCUAAAAAAUAAGAAUAAACAAACCAAAGCCUGCAGAGCCUCUUUCUCCAGCUGUUAGUAUUUGGUCCCUAAGUUGAACAGCUGCCUCUUGCAUCUGCAUGCUGUUACAUUUGAGCUGAAUGAGAGCUGGGAACCAGACUAGAUCUGGCCGAGGCUAAGGACAAAUACUGAACAGCCCACGCCUCUUUGGAUAACCCCUGGAGGGGAUAAAUGGGCUUUCCCUUCACUGCCCUCUAGUGGUUGAACCGAUUUGGUUGCAUUAGGGUUAUUUUCUUUUUGGAAACCACUAUUACGCAAUUUCCUAAUAUCUUGGCACCGUAUGGGGACAAUGCUGGGAAGAUCUAUGUGUUUUCUACACUCGCUGUAUAUGUCGAAUCUGUCUGUGCCUGUGAUGCAUUGUUUUUCUGUUAAGUAUAAUUAUGUGAACCGUUUAGAGGUUCAGCAUUUUUGGUAUAUAAACCAAUAUACUUGUAUAUUCAUAACUAUAUUAACUGUCAUAGUUGUUAUGCAAUGAUUAUUUUUCUAAAUAUAUGAAGUAUUUGUGAUUUAAGGUGUGUGUGUGUGUGUGUGUGUGUGUGUGUGAAUGUAGAUUUAUUAAUUUGUAAUAUUAUUCUAUUUGACACAAGAAUACCCUGGCCUAUGAAAGAAGAAUCAUGAAGAGAUGUAAGGUUGUCAAGAGGACCUAUUGUCCCCUACCCUGUAAGGUCAUAGGCCUACAUGCUACAAAGGUACAUAAUACAGGAUAUAAGAAACCGCACAGUAAACAUUACAUCCUUAAUUUAAAAGUAGGUAGUAAGGAUUUAGGACGGUAUUAUGAGUUUGAGUUAAACAAACUAAUAAUACCUAUUUAUAUAAAUCCCUGGAAUAAUUCUCCAUAUAUUUUAUAGGACUCAUAUUUAAUUAGAUAACAGGAAGGUGGAUUUUGUGUUUCAUUUUACUUUUUCAAAAUUUGUAGAAUAAUUAAUUAAACAUGUGGUAAUGAAACUAUUUUCCCUUACUAUAUAACAGGCAUGUAGUUGAUGCACUUUAGCUUAUUUCAUAUAUUUCUAUGAUAAGGACCCAAGUGUAUACAUAAAUAGAAUACAAAUAUAAUAAAAUG